AUGGCUAGGGAUAGUAGGGUGGCAUUUGCUAGAGUUUGUGUAGAGAUUAAGGCCACUUCAAAGUUGCCUUCGUAUUUCCAAAUAAGAUGUGAGGAGGACGCUGUGUUAGUCAGAGUUGAAUAUCAGGGUCUCCCCUCAAUUUGCAAACAUUGUCAAAUUUUUGGGCAUAACACUGAUAAGUGUGUGUCCAAACAAGUGGCCCAACUGAUUUCCCUUCAAAAGACAUCUGAGGACAAUACUUUCGAACAUGAUGAAGAAUGGACAACCAUUAAAGCCAAAGGGAAGAGGAAGGUGGGUGAACCUGAUCUAGAGGCUAUUCCAGAAUCUAUGGAAGUACCUGAACCAAACCCAGUGCCAAAUUCAACCAUAGUUCAAUCUCUGGAGACUCAGGAGACAUCGGCUGGAAAAAGCUCAUCUAUGGAAGAACAGAUCUCCGAAAGUAGAGUGGAUAGAUUCCAAGAAAGUGUCUUGGAGAUUACAGAAUUGGUAAUUCCUAAUGCUGCUGAACUGCUGGAGGCAGUGGUUAAUGAUACCACUUCUACAAAAGAGGCAUCCAAACCUGAUGCACCCUCACAUCAGGCGAGCCCGCCAACAAAGUACAAAUCCUCUGGCGAGGGAAGCAACAACCAGAGGAAAAAGAAGAGAGGAUUGAAUGAUCCAUCUAAACAUAAGGAAAUUAAAAAUUUGGUGCUUAAAGAAAAUAUUCAUGUCAUUGGGGUUUUGGAGACUAAAAUAAAACAGAUCAAUGAGAGUAAAAUUUGUGCUCAAUGUUUUGGUAAUUGGCCUAUUCUCUCUAAUUCACAACCAACUGUAACUGGGAGAGUCUGGGUGUGCUGGAAUAAUGAUUUUUGUGAUGUCCAAAUGAUUUCUAUGUCCAGUCAGCAUAUUUUUUGUAAGAUCAAUGAUUUGGCCACUAAUGAGGAUUUUUUUGCAACUUUUGUUUAUGCUGAAAAUAAGCACACUUUGAGGAAAAUUCUUUUUGAAACUAUGUAUCACAUCUCCCGAACCAAAUCCAAAUUUCUAUGUGUUUUCUUAGGUGACUUUAAUGCUAUCAGAUAUCAGCAAGAAAAAGUUGGGGGAUCUUCUAACUGGACUAAUGAUCAUGAGGAAUUUAACACCUAUGUUAAUAAAUCUGAAUUGGCUGAUUUAUCCUAUGGGGGCUGCCAAUUCACUUGGGCUAACAAAUGGGGUGAUGGGGCUUAUAUUGCCACUAAAAUUGAUAGACUGCUUGUUAAUGAGUCUUGGCUUGAUCAAUUUCCUGAGUCUACUGCCUCAUUUCUUCCUCCUGGUAUUUCUGACCAUUCUCCUACUGUGAUCAAUAUCAGUGUCACUAGGUGUUCCUUUAAAAAACCCUUCAAAUGCUUUGAUUUUUGGUCCCAACAUCCUGAGUUCCUCAAUACUGUGUCUAAUACCUGGGAUCAGUACAUCAGAGGUGUCCCUAUGUUUAGGGUUUGUCAAAAGCUGAGACAGCUUAAGGUUAGGCUCAAACUCUUGAAUAAGAAGGAUUUUAGUGAUUUCUCCACUCGUGUCCAAGCUUCCAAGGCUAGUUUGAAUUUUGUCCAACUAAAGUUGGAUAAGGAUCGUGUGAAUCUAGUGCUUCAAGUUCAAGACAGAGAGGAAUUUUAA